AUGGCGGCUGUCUCUGCGACUGCGGGCCGGCUGUUGAGGCUCUGUGCGGCCGCAGUUGAGGGGCCCUGGGGUCGGCUGCGUGGCUCGGGGCUGGCUCGGGGUUUUCUGCAACCCAAACCGGAUGGCGAGGAUGUGGCCCCGAGGCGACAGGUGGCUCACUUCACUUUCCAGCCCGACCCGGAGCCCCGGGAGUACGGGCAGACUCAGAAAAUGAAUCUUUUUCAGUCAGUAACAAGUGCCUUGGAUAACUCAUUGGCCAAAGAUCCUACUGCAGUAAUAUUUGGUGAAGAUGUUGCCUUUGGUGGAGUCUUUAGAUGCACUGUUGGCUUGCGAGACAAAUAUGGAAAAGAUAGAGUUUUUAAUACCCCAUUAUGUGAACAAGGAAUUGUUGGAUUUGGAAUUGGAAUUGCAGUCACUGGUGCUACUGCCAUUGCAGAAAUUCAGUUUGCAGAUUAUAUUUUCCCUGCUUUUGAUCAGAUUGUUAAUGAGGCUGCCAAGUAUCGCUAUCGCUCUGGGGAUCUUUUUAACUGUGGAAGCCUCACUAUCCGGUCCCCUUGGGGCUGUGUUGGCCAUGGGGCUCUCUAUCAUUCUCAGAGUCCCGAAGCUUUUUUUGCCCAUUGCCCAGGAAUCAAGGUGGUUGUACCCAGAAGCCCUUUCCAGGCCAAAGGACUUCUUUUGUCAUGCAUAGAGGAUAAAAAUCCUUGUAUAUUUUUUGAACCUAAAAUACUUUACAGGGCAGCAGGUAAAGGUUUCCUUUAUUUUAUAUUUCAGCAGCAGCAGCUUUCAGGUCCAGCAGCUUACGGGCCUGGUGGUGUUGGUGGCCUCUUGGAAGGUCCCGGGGAUACUAGCAGCAGCAGCAACAGCCUCCAGCAGCAGUAG